UACACUCCACUGAAGCUCGAAAGUGACGGGCUUUAUGUCUCAAGAAAAAAAAGUGAGGGGCUUUUCAAAAUCAAGAACCAGCCACACCACACCAUAUAGUUGAUUCUUUAGAUCUCUUGAGUCAACAAGAACACAACCAAUUAACCAAAUCAAACCCACCAACAAAAUUCAACUAAAAACCAAAAUUGAAAAAGUUACAAUUUUAGAAGAUAAUGCAAGAAUCUGUAGCUGAACCAGAACCAGAACCAGAUGAUAAAGAACUAAAACUCAAGCUUCUCUUCGAUAAUGGCACACUCUAAUCUCGGCCUUCUCGUAUUCAACAUCAUCUUUUUCCUCUCCAUUGCAGUUUUCAAUCUCUCACAAGCAAAAUCGUCACCAUUGGUACAAAUUAAGCAGCAAAAGGCAGACCAAGACAAUGAGCCAUUUGUGGGUCUUAAUAUAGGAACAGAUGUGUCCAAUAUUUUGUCAGCAACUGAGCUUGUUUCUUUUCUGCAAGUUCAAAAGAUUACUCACAUUCGCUUCUAUGAUGCUAAUCCUGAUUUACUCAAAGCUUUGGCUAAAACCAAGAUUAGGGUCAUGAUCAGUGUGCCUAAUAAUCAGCUUCUUGCAAUUGGCUCCUCGAACACCACAGCAGCCUCUUGGAUUGAUCGAAAUGUGGUUGCAUACUAUCCACAGACUUUAAUCACUUCAAUUGCUGUAGGUGAUGAGGUUUUAACUACUGUGCCCUCUUCUGCUCCUUUACUUAUGCCUGCUAUUGAGUCUCUUUAUAGUGCUUUAGUUGCUGCAAAUUUGCAUACUCAGAUCAAGAUUUCAACUCCUCAUGCUGCAUCUAUAAUUCUCGAUCCAUUUCCUCCUUCUCAGUCCUUUUUUAAUCAGAGUUGGACUUCUGUUAUGCUUCCUCUGCUUCAGUUUUUGUCGAAAACUGGCUCCCCGUUGAUGAUGAAUCUUUAUCCGUAUUAUGUGUUUAUGCAAAAUAAAGGGGUGGUGCCUAUUGAUAAUUCGUUGUUCAAGCCUUUGACACCGUCUAAAGAAAUGGUUGAUCCUAAUACUUUGUUGCACUAUAAUAAUGUGCUUGAUGCUAUGAUUGAUGCUGCUUAUUUUUCUAUGAAGAAUUUGAAUGUUACUGAUGUUGUGGUUCUUGUUACGGAGACUGGGUGGCCUUCGAAGGGUGAUUCGAAAGAGCCUUAUGCUACUAUCGACAAUGCAGACACGUAUAAUUCUAAUCUGAUUAAGCAUGUUCUUGAUCGUAGCGGGACUCCUUUUCAUCCAGAAAUAACUUCCGAUGUGUAUAUAUACGAAUUGUUCAACGAGGACUUGAGGUCACCACCGGUAUCAGAAGCAAAUUGGGGACUGUUCUAUGGGAAUUCAACACCGGUUUAUCUGCUUCAUGUUUAUGGAAGUGGGACUUUUUUGGCUAAUGAUACAACAAACCAGACAUAUUGCAUUGUAAUGGAUGGUAUUGAUUCAAAGACGUUGCAGGCUGCAUUAGACUGGGCAUGUGGACCGGGAAGGGCUAAUUGUAGCGAGAUUCAGCCGGGGGAGGACUGUUAUUCGCCCAACAAUGUGAAGAACCAUGCUUCUUAUGCAUUUGAUAGCUAUUAUCAGAAGGAAGGGAAGUCUGCAGGGUCUUGUGAUUUCAAGGGUGUGGCCAUGAUCACCACCACGGAUCCAAGUCAUGGUAGCUGUAUCUUUCCAGGAAGUAAGAAGUUAAGCAAUCAAACACGGACUGCUGCAAAUACAACUCAAUCAAGUGGUUCAGCAGAUAGUUCAAGAUUAAUCAUCUUCAGAACCAGUAAAAUGUUCAUAAUUGAUAAGGGUUUAAGCCCUCUGUUGGCUGUAAUUCUUUCCAUUUUAUACAUUCCUUUUGUAACCAGGUGUUGAGGUGCUAGAAUAAAACAAUUUCUUUAGCACAUAUUGUUAUUAUCAUUAAGUGUUCGAUUCAUUA